UACAGUACUAGAUUGCAAUAGAAACAGAUUGCACAAAUUUUCUCUAAUAUUAUUGGCUAAAUAUUAGCAAAUUUGUUCUUAGUGCACACCGAGUGCAGUGAGUUGUAAGCGGUAUUAGUACUGUUUCCUCCGUACAUAAUGUAUUUUAAACCCAAGGGCGGUUUUCCUGUGGGUUGAUUGAAAUAGCGUCAUAAUGAAACGUAACCUAAUCUGAACUAAUCGCUUGUAUAUGUUACGGCGUUUAGCGUUCUCAGAGUUUUUGCAAGGCGGCACAUUAUAAGAUUGUAAUAAUUUAAUUGGUGACAAUCUGUAGAGACCAACAGUUAUCCUCCUGGUGUAAAGGAAACUGUGUUCUCGCGGAUGACUCAGGAAAUCCAAACAAUGUCGAAGAUAAUUGAGCCGCUGAAAAAGUUGUGUGUCAACAAAAGGUUGAGAUAUCAUGAAAAUGAGCGAAUGGCUUUGAAUAAUAAUAAAGAAUUGACCAUAACGCUGGAAGAAUCCCUUCACAAAUUAUCUGACGAGAACUACAUACUCUCCGUCUGUGGCACGCAGACCGAUCCCGAAUUUCGGAUUGGAGUGGCAUUGUCCAAUUACAUGUGUAUUGUCUAUUCUGUUGGAGAAGCCUUGACACAGGUAGCCACUUUGAAUCACAACCAAGCUUCCAUUGUGGGUAUAAAAUUCAGUCCCACAUCUAGGAACAUCUUUUACGUGGCUUCACGCAAUGGCUUUGUUACAGCCUGUGAUCUUCGAGCUAGAGGAAAGGUUGUAAUGGAGUUUAAAGAUAGUACAGAGGAUGGCAAGAUAAAACCAUUAGCAAGUUUCGAUCUGAACUGCAACGAAAGGCUUUUGGCUGGUGGUACUGAACAUAUUGGUGGGGAUGCAUUUAUUCUUUUCUGGGAUAUUAGAAUGGGAAACAUCAAGUGUGACAGAACAAGUCUCUUAGGUGGAUACUGGGAAUCACACCUGGAAGACGUUACCUGUUUGACUUUCCAUCCAAAUCAAUCAGAUGUUUUAGCAUCUGGCAGUACUGAUGGUUUGAUCAACAUUUUUGAUAUUAGCCAAUCUACUGAAGACAGUGCAUUGAAUUACUCCUUGAAUACAGAAUCCUCUGUGGACAGAAUUGGCUGGUUGGAUAAAGGCAACCUAUGGUGCACUACUCAUACACAUUCGUUGCAAUUGUGGGAGUGCGAUGCUGCAACUCCGCACUUGAGAUUUGAUAGAAAGUACUUUGGGCUGUCUCAGCACGAAGAUCCUGAUAAUCAAUAUGUGGUGAGGAUGCACAAGUCGGAUGUAUUAGGAGAAAAACCUUUCCUAUUGGCAGGCUCCUGUAGUGCCAAAGGGUCGACUCUGCGUUGCAUGGCCGUGGUGGAAAAUCAUCUGGAGACGUUGUACGAUAUGCCGGGAAACAAACAGCUUGUGCGUGACAGUUGGAUGCACGAGAAGAGUGGCUGUUUAGUAACCGGAGGAGAGAAUGCUCUCAUAAAUGUAUGGCGACAAGUCGAAUUAUCGUCGACGAGUCGAGACAGAUCGGAUCAGAAAUUAUUGCAGAAAAUGUCAACGAGUAAGAUACGCGAGAAAUUACACAGACCAAAGCCAUACUGAAGGAAAUUGGGGAAAAAUGUAUGUGAAAAAGAACUAAAAAAAAUGUAUUCUAAUAUUGAUCCAUUGAUGAAUAUUCAAUCAUGUAGAUUUGAUAAAUUUUUAUAAUUAAAUAAUAAAAUAAUAAAAAUCCGUAAUAAAACUUUUCCAUUCAUA